CUAAGUGCUAAUGUGCUUCAGGUGCCAAAUCCCCGGAGACUUAGCUCUUGGCCUUCAAGAAUUAUCAGUUCGAUUACCACCAAGUUUUGUCCUGUAACUAGCUCUAAUCCAGCAAGCGUGUCUUCAGGUUCUGCAAAACACAAGUGGCACCAUGAGAGUAGUAGCAUUGCUCCAGUAUCACUAAAUUCGAGUUUUUUUUCUUGGUUAGAACAAGGAGAGUGCUUGCUAUUUUUUCCAUCAAUCUAUUGUGGCCGUGUUGUUCUUCCCCUUUUGAUUAUGCCUUUUCUCUUUCAAGAAAGUACAUGAUGCCGUUGCCUAACUUCGCUUUCAGUGCCGUCGACUGAAUUUCUGUACGUCCUACCCUUUGCUCCGAUAUUUUUUGUUAUCAUUGCAAGCAGCUAUCAUGUGCAUUUAUGCAAAUUCCCCGCGUUUAAAAAGGGUGAAUUCGUGCCAUGCCUUUAGCGAACAACAAUGGCUUUUGCAGAUUCCUCGUGUGAUAUUAUCUGCCUGUUUCUGUGGCGGGUGCCCAAUACGAAUAUACAAUGAGUCAUAUUCUUCGUUCAGAGGAUUCCUGUUAUGGUCCAUAGCUUCUCCUAUCCAUUACGUCUGCCAACUGUUCGGAGCAAUGAAGCCUUCAGAUGACAGGGUGCAGCUCUCAGAUUUGACGCAAUCGGAAGAGUCUUCGCUUGAUGUGGAGGGGUAUUGCCAUCACCACGCGAUCUUUCCUUGUUCUCCGUCAAUGCAACCAGUUGCCUCCGGAUGUGUACACACAGAAAACAGCGCGGCAUACUUCUUAUGGCCGACAUCAAACCUACAGCAUUGUGCGGCUGAGGGGCGGGCAAACUAUUUUGGGAACCUCCAGAAAGGACUGCUGCCGGUGCUCCCUGGACGUUUGCCCAAGGGCCAGCAAGCAAAUAGCUUGCUUGACUUGAUGACUAUAAGAGCUUUCCACAGCAAGAUAUUGCGGCGUUUCAGCCUUGGGACGGCAGUGGGCUUACGCAUAAUAAAGGGGGCUUUGACAGAUAUCCCCGCCAUUAUUGUCUUUGUUGCUCGAAAGGUUCAUAAAAAGUGGCUCAAUCCGAACCAAUGCCUUCCCGCGAUUCUUGCGGGACCAGGAGGUGUUUGGUGCGAUGUUGAUGUUGUAGAAUUUUCAUAUUAUGGUGCACCGGCUCCAACUCCUAAAGAGCAGAUGUUCAGUGAGCUUGUGAAUAAGCUGUGUGGCAGUGAUGAGUAUAUUGGUUCUGGCUCCCAGGUUGCAAGCCAGGAUACAUUUGGAACGUUGGGUGCAAUUGUGAAACGGCGCACCAGCAACAAGCAGGUUGGUUUCCUCACCAACCGACACGUUGCAGUUGACUUGGACUACCCUAACCAGAAGAUGUUUCACCCAUUGCCACCCAAUCUUGGGCCUGGUAUUUAUCUUGGAGCUGUCGAAAGGGCAACAUCUUUCAUCACAGAUGAUGUUUGGUAUGGAAUUUAUGCUGGAACAAAUCCAGAGACAUUUGUACGAGCUGACGGUGCAUUCAUUCCAUUUGCUGAUGACUUUGACAUAUCCACAGUCACUACUAUAGUUAGGGAGGUCGGUGAGAUUGGAGAUGUUAAGGUUAUAGAUCUGCAGUGUCCUAUCAAUAGCCUCAUAGGGAGGCAAGUUUGCAAAGUUGGCAGAAGCUCUGGUCACACGACUGGGACUGUGAUGGCAUAUGCCCUUGAGUACAAUGAUGAGAAAGGAAUAUGCUUCUUCACUGACCUCCUCGUUGUUGGCGAGAACCGCCAAACAUUUGAUUUGGAAGGUGAUAGUGGAAGCCUUAUUAUUCUGACCAGCCAGGAUGAGGAGAAGCCACGUCCUAUUGGGAUAAUAUGGGGUGGCACAGCAAACCGUGGGAGGAUAAAGCUUACAAGUGAUCAUGGUCCUGAAAAUUGGACUACCGGGGUUGAUCUUGGCCGUCUUCUUGAUCGUCUAGAACUUGAUCUUAUCAUAACCAACGAAUCACUCAAAGAUGCUGUGCAGGAGCAAAGGAAUGCUUAUGUGGCUGCGGUUAUGUCUGCUGUUGGGGAGUCUUCCAUGGUGGAUGUCACUGCAUCAGAAGCCACCACACAAGAGAAGGUUGAAGAGAUCUUUGAGCCUCUGGGAAUCAAAAUUCAGCAGCUGCCCCGUCAUGACAUGACAACCUCUGCAACUGAAGGGGAGGGUGCAGCCAACACGCCGUCUGAUAUGGAAGAGCAUCAGUUCAUUUCAAACUUUGUCGGCAUGUCUCCUGUAUGCCGUGACCAAGAUGCUCCAAGGAGCAUCAUCGCAAAUUUGAAUAAUCCAUCAGAGGAAGAGCUCGCCAUGUCGCUGCACCUAGGCGAACGAGAAUCGGACCAAGACCAGGAGAAGGGGACUCCCUCAGACCCUGAAUCGAGCCUAAACCUGGAGAAGCGGCCUCGCCCUGACACAGAACCGAGCAUAGACCUGGAAAAGCGGCCUCGGUGUGACCCAGAACCGAGCAUGGACCUGCAGAAGCGGCCUCGCUCUGACCAAGAACAGAGCAUAGACCUAGAGGAACGGCCUUGUUCUGACCCAAAACCGAGCAUAGACCUGGAGAAGUGAAGGGUCCAUUCUCGACGUUUCUGGAAUGAGCUUGUGGAGAAUCGAAGCAAGUAGAUGAAAGAUCUCCCGCAGUUCAGCAAACUGAACCUGCAAUAUUAGCUUAAGUUAACUAUUGGCUUCAUGGGGGAAGCAUAUCAUGUACUACUAUGGCACUUGAUUCAGCUCUUGUAGGAUGUUCGGUGGUAGCCCUGCAUUUUUGCUGUGCUCAUAAGAUUUGAUCAUAAUAAACAAUGCUCAAUCUGAAUAUUUUUGUCUUGGAAAUCAAUGUGGUGGAGACUGAUGAGAAUCUGGGAUGAUUUAUCUUCCAGUUAUGCUGGUUAUUAAAUCAUGAAUGUACGUUUGAAAUCUUCU